AUGAAAGCCAUCGGCUACUUGGUGGCCGGGGCGGCCCUCAUCCCAGGGCUCGUCUCCGCGCUUGAUCCAAACAACAUCACCGGAUGGCGUUACCGAGGAUGUUACUCCGACAAACGCUUCACGAAUACCGCAGCAUGCUGGCUACCCCUCGACGACCCUUCACCCGCCGCGGCCAGUCUAUGGCACAUACGCCUACCCCCGUACCCUAAACGGGCUACUUCUACCGUGUCAACCCCAACGGAGGAUCAGUCUGCACAACCACGUGCACAAACCUUGGUUUCAGAUACGCCGGUACAAACGACAACAUGUGCUUCUGUGACAACGCCAUCGCAAUCAACGGAACAAGCGCAAACGGCACCUACACGUACGGUCUUCCCGACCCAGAUAACUCGCUCUGUCAGUUCGGCUGCAGAAGUAAUCUAG